GGCCACUGCCUCAUCCCUUAUCUGUGCAUAUGAGAUGCAUUGUCUCUUCCUCUGCAGUGGAGCUGAAUGAAUGCCUCCCAAGCCGCUUUGUUCUCCAGAUGUGAAUAACUCCACUAUACCAGCCUCGUCUUCUUUCCGGGGGACAACGUGGGUCCACAGAGAGAUAUUUAAUGUCACCCUCUCGGGGCUUUGAUGGGACUCCCUCUGCCACAUAUUUUGGAGGUUGGGAAGGUUGCUAGAGGCUUCAGAACUCCAGCCUAAUGGAUCCCAAACUCGGGAGAAUGGCUGCGUCCCUGCUGGCCGUGCUGCUGCUGCUGGAGGGCGGCAUGUUCUCCUCACCCUCCCCGCUCCCGGCGCUGUUAGAGAAAGUCUUCCGGUACAUUGACCUCCAUCAGGAUGAAUUUGUGCAGACGCUGAAGGAGUGGGUGGCCAUCGAGAGCGACUCUGUGCAGCCUGUGCCUCGCUUCAGACAAGAGCUCUUCAGAAUGAUGGCCACGGCCGCGGACACGCUGCAGCACCUGGGGGCCCAUGUGGCCUCGGUGGACAUGGGUUCUCAGCAGCUGCCCGAUGGUCAGAGUCUUCCAAUACCUCCCAUCAUCCUGGCCGAACUGGGGAGCGAUCCCACGAAAGGCACCGUGUGCUUCUACGGCCACUUGGACGUGCAGCCUGCUGACCGGGGCGAUGGGUGGCUCACGGACCCCUACGUGCUGACGGAGGUGGACGGGAAACUUUAUGGACGAGGAGCGACCGACAACAAAGGGCCUGUCUUGGCUUGGAUCAAUGCUGUGAGCGCCUUCAGAGCCCUGGAGCAAGAUCUUCCUGUGAAUAUCAAAUUCAUCAUUGAGGGUAUGGAAGAGGCUGGCUCUGUUGCCCUGGAGGAACUUGUGGAAAAAGAAAAGGACCGAUUCUUCUCUGGUGUGGACUACAUCGUAAUUUCAGAUAACCUGUGGAUCAGCCAAAGGAAGCCAGCAAUCACUUAUGGAACCCGGGGGAACAGCUACUUCACGGUAGAGGUGAAAUGCAGAGACCAGGAUUUUCACUCGGGAACCUUUGGUGGCAUCCUUCAUGAACCAAUGGCUGAUCUGGUUGCUCUUCUUGGUAGCCUGGUAGACUCAUCUGGUCAUAUCUUGGUCCCCGGAAUCUACGAUGAAGUGGCUCCUCUUACAGAAGAGGAAAUAAAUACAUACGAAGCCAUCCAUCUAGACCUAGAAGAAUACAAGAAUAGCAGCCGGGUUGAGAAAUUUCUGUUCAAUACUAAGGAGGAGAUUCUAAUGCACCUCUGGAGGUACCCAUCGCUUUCUAUUCAUGGGAUCGAGGGCGCGUUUGAUGAGCCUGGAGCUAAAACAGUCAUACCUGGCCGAGUUAUAGGAAAAUUUUCAAUCCGUCUAGUCCCUCACAUGAAUGUAUCUGUGGUGGAAAAACAGGUGACACGGCAUCUCGAAGAUGUGUUCUCCAAAAGAAAUAGUUCCAACAAGAUGGCUGUUUCCAUGACUCUAGGACUACACCCGUGGAUUGCAAAUAUUAACGACACCCAGUAUCUCGCAGCAAAAAGAGCGAUCAGAACAGUGUUUGGAACAGAACCAGAUAUGAUCCGGGAUGGAUCCACCAUUCCAAUUGCCAAAAUGUUCCAGGAGAUCGUCCAGAAGAGCGUGGUGCUAAUUCCGCUGGGAGCUGUUGAUGAUGGAGAACACUCGCAGAAUGAGAAAAUCAACAGGUGGAACUACAUAGAGGGAACCAAAUUAUUUGCUGCCUUUUUCUUAGAGAUGGCCCAGCUGCAUUAAUCACAAGAACCUUCUAGUCUGAUCUGAUCCACUGACAGAUUCACCUCCCCCACAUGCCUAGACAGGGAUGGAAUCUAAAUAUCCAGAGAAUUUGGGUCUAGUGUAGUACAUUUUCCCUUCCAUUUAAAACAUCUUGGGAUAUCUGGAUCCAUAAUAAAAUAUUUCAAAGGCACAGAUGUUGGAAAUGGUUUAAGGUCCCCCACUGCACACCUUCCUCAAGUCAUAGGUACUUGCAGCAACUGGAUUUCCCCAAGUCCUGUGCAAUAGCCCCAGGAUUGGAUUCCUUCUAACCUUUUAGCAUGUCUCCGACCUUGCAGUUUGAUUGGCAUAAUCACUCCGGUUUGCUUUCUAGGUCCUCAAGUGCUCGUGACACAUAAUCAUUCCAUCCAAUGAUCGCCUUUGCUUUACCACUCUUUCCUUUUAUCUUAUUAGUAAAAAUGUUGUUCUCCACUACUGACUACAA